UUUCUUGUGUUGAGUAAUGGUGUGGCGUAUGAUUUGAUUUGUGCGUGUAAAUCUCGAAAAAUCUGUCUAUCGAUGCGUGUCAUGGACUGCAGGACGUUAAGAUCUCUUCAUUGAGAGUUAUUUACUGAAAUGCGAGUGGUGCUCACUAUCUUAAGCUACCAUGUCUCUGAGGGCUCUAGCAAUCAUAAAACUAUUCUUCCUGUGGAUGCCGACAGCUAUAAUUUUUGACAGCUAUAAACAUCCUUAUUUGGUGUCACACCACUGAAAUCUUUUCCUGCUUUUCCAAGCAAUCUAGUUGCUGCAGCAUUGUAAAAUUUCCCUCUCCAUUGACACCCUCCACCUUUCGAAGUAAGAUAAGGUGCUGGAUAAUAAACUAGCUUCUAACUAAAAUUGUACACUAAACCUAACUUGAUCCUCUGCCCACCACUAUAAAAACCUCAGUCUAUCCCUUCUUUACACAUCAAACAUUUCAACGAUCGAUCAGUAGAGCUUAAUUUGCUUUGGUGUUUUGGUAUCAUUUCAAGCUUUAUAUCAGGGUCUGUAAAGAUGAAGCAACAGCACUCACUCUCCUCUUUUUCAUUUUUUCUUCUUUUACUCCAUUGUGCUAAUACCUUUGCUCAGUCACCAGCUGCAACCCCAGCACAGGCACCAGCAGCAGUUGUAGCACAACCUCCAGCUGCAACCCCAACACAGGCAGCUCAGCCACACGGCAUCACAAACGUCACCAAAAUCCUUGAGAAGGCUGGACAUUUCACGAUCUUUAUCCGCCUUUUGAGAUCCACCCAAGAGGAAAACCGCUUGCUCUCCGCGCUUAAUGAUUCAAGCUCUGGUAUAACCAUCUUUGCACCAACUGAUAGCGCAUUCUCGGAACUCAAAUCAGGAACGGUCAACACUCUAAGUGACGGAGACAAGGCUGAGUUAGUGAAGUUCCAUCUAGUUCCUAAUUUCUUAUCGACCUCCCAGUUCCAGACCGUAAGCAACCCUAUCGGUACAUGGGCUGGAACAGGUAGUAGGGUACCACUAAAUGUCACAAGUUAUCCAAACUCAGUGAACAUAACCAUAGGACUUACCAAUACAAGUUUAUCUGGCACGGUAUACACGGACAAUCAGCUAGCCAUUUAUAAGAUUGAGAAGGUGCUACUUCCUAAGGACAUUUUUGCUUCGAAGGCUCCAGCUCCAGCACCGGUAGCACCGGAACCAGAAAAGCCUACAAAGGCAGUUCCUGCAGCAACCGUAGAGAGUCCCGUGUCUCCUGUGGAUAUAUCUAGUGCGCUUAUGUUCGCACAUAAUAAUGUGGUGGGAUCUGUUGGCAUAGUUGCUGCUGCAAUGUUUGCUCUGUAAUGUAUUAAGGUUUGAAUCUUGAGAUGAAAUUUGUUGGGGUUUGGUCUGGUUUUGAUGUUAUAUUUUUCCUAGCUGUAUUGAAUCUGUUGAGUAAUUUCGAUCUUACCUUGAAUCCAGUUUGUAUGCUUUGAGUUGACGAUUAAAAUUGAGUUCUGAGAUUUUAUUUAA